AUGAAAACUCUCGUUUUUCUCGCUGUAUCGCUUUUCGCCGCUGGAAAUGCGAAUAUUUGCUCUGAUGACACCGGUCAUUGGCUUGCCUCGCUGGCAAUGGGAGUCGAAGAUUACGCCUACGGUGGCUCAAAAUUGAACAACCGCUAUUAUUGUUUCGAGGGAUGCUUGAACACCGGCACCGCACUUCAAAACUACAAAGUGCUUCUCGCCGGAAAUGGGACGACGAUGAGCCGCGAGAUCAACGUCAAAGAGCGAGGCGCGCAACUCGCGAAGCGUCGCGACGACGAUGACCCGAACGCGGAGACGUGCAUCGAUCCAGUCUUGCGGCAGGACGUCGCCGACGCGCUCAAAAAGAACACUCAAUGGCAUUGCAAGGGCAUCGUGAACACGCUCGUGUUGAAUCUUAAUCGUCCCGGCUGGGCGAUCACAUGCAUCAAGUUCGACGAGUUCGGAUUCGACGAGUUUGUUCAGGACGUCAAUUUCUGCAGCUACGACGCGUUCAAUGCGCCGGAUACCUACACAAUUCGUCUCGCCAAACUCGACACCGCUUAA